AUGGCUGAAACAUAUGGUGAUGAAGCAGGGGGGUUGGAGAUAGACCCUGAAGAACUUGAGGAGAAAGGAAAAACAACGUACGUCAGUCAAUUAUCUGUCAUUGAUCAAUGGGACCUCAUUAAGAAAGUGAAAGAUCUGGCAACCAAUGGAAAAGACAAAUUGAGAAAUCUAUGUUGUCCAUUCACGCCUUCAGUGUUAUUUGGCAGUAUCCUAGCAACAAUGGGCGUGACUGCCUUUGUUGGUACUAUCACAGCCGUAGUUAUAGUUACCAAUCAAAACGGUGAAGGAAAUGUGAAUUCCUCAUUGGAAGUAUCAACACCUUCAUGGAUGACUACGUUGGUGCACACAACGGAGUACGGUACGCCCAAUUCAACGGUUAUUUCAAUAACCGACAUGAUGGCAGUCACUACAGAUCAUGGUUCGACAAAAGAAGCAACGUCCAUUCCUACGACACUCACCGAUAAUUCUAUCAUGAUAUCGACGAUAGAUACAACGGACAGAGUUACAAGUAUACCCACUACAGAACCAAUAGCUGCUGUACCGUUCACCACGGUGGAAAAAUCCACACAGGCGACGGACAAAAUGUCAAGUACAACCUCAAUCUUCCAAGCUACUCGCACGGGGCUUCCUACUGAGUUAACGAAAACCUCACCUUACAUCCCUACAACGACAACCAGCAGUGAGAUUUCUUCUCCGGUGUUUGCUACAGUAGCAUCUCACACGUCGUUUACAACUGCCAAUAAUUUCCCGCCACCAACUACUGCACAGACGACAGUGCCACCUACCACGCAAGCUCUGGUAUCCGAAAUACCAUUAUCUACGUUAAUGACUACGUUGACUCCUACCACAACAACUAUGGCGUCAACAAGUGAAGCAACUACUACCCCAAUGACUAAAUUCUCGUCUCCCAUGACAACUUUGGUGUCAACAAUAAAAUCAACUUCCCCAAAGACGACGCUGCUGUCGACCACAACAACUUUGGCGUCAACAACUUUAGGUACUACGCUAAUGACGACGCUACUGCCUACUACAACAACUUUGGUGUCAACAAUAAAACUAACUUCUCCGAAGACGACAAUGCUGCUAACCACAACGGCACCAGUAACCAGUUCGCCUUUUACGACCGAAACACCGUGCAGUUCUUAUUGCGCCGAUGUGUGCACGGUAAAUAGUCUACAAUCGUGUCCCUGUGACAAUACGUCGUGUGAAUACCAACACAUUGGUUGUUUCGGUGAUUCAAGCGUGCGUGCUAUACCGACGCUCGAGGGAACUGACCAACGAUUAGACGGGGUAUACUCAUCGCGAAUUAAUGCUAUCGAGAAAUGCGCUUCCGUAGCUCGAGAUAAUGGUUACGCUAUGUUUGCCAUUCAGAAUGGAGGAUGGUGUGCAUCAGGUUGCACAGCUUGCCAAACGUAUGCGACAUAUGGACCCUCGGUUGCAUGUGCUGGUGACGGCAAAGGUGGUGGUUAUGCAAACGAUGUUUACAUCUUUGUAGACCAAACACCUUGA